AUGGCGGAAAUGGAGAAACUCGUCCCAACCGUCCAGUCCUACGAGGCCCCGAAGCCCAUCUGGGAGCCAUGCACACCCCCAGAGGCCAUUCCCAUGAAUCAAUAUCGCAAGCACAUCAAUGAAAAGUUCAACGUCAACUUGAAGAACUCGCAAGAGCUACAAAAAUGGUCGAUUACUUCUCCUCAAGAAUUCUGGAUCGAUCUAUGGUCCUACGUCGGCAUUGUGCCAGAACUGGCCCCAUCGACAACGCGAGCAUAUGACCCGGCCAUACCCAUCGACAAAAUUCCACCAUUCUUUCAAGGAUCUGUUAUCAAUUAUGCAGAGAACGUCUUGAAUCAGCCUCAGCUGCAAGGCAAUGCCCCAGCGCUGAUCGGAUUACGUGAAGGUCAAGGCCUUGAGGGUGAGCGAUGGUCGUGGGCGGAACUGCGGGAGCAGGUCAGGGUCAUCCGAAGUGCUCUGAAGAGAAGUGGCAUCAAAGAAGGAGACCGAGUCGCUGCCCUUAUUUCCACGUCCGUCUGGUCGGUUGCCAUAUUUCUUGCUACUGCAAGCUUGGGCGCAAUAUACACGUCGAUUGCUUCUGAUCUCGGUGCUGAUGGAUGCAUAUCACGCCUCCAACUGGUUGGAGCCUACUUUGAGCGAUUCGACUACCCUUGCUGGGCGCAGCACGACUGGGCAAGCUUCAACCCCGUGACUGGCGGGUCCCAGAUUCACGGUCGAAGUGACGGUGUUCUCAACCCGCAAGGCAUCCGUUUCGGUUCCUCGGAGAUCUAUUCCAUCACUGAAGCACAUCCAUUCACCGACAUUAUCGACACGACUCUGUGCGUCGGGAGACGACGCGACGGGAUUGAUAACGACGAAUCUGUCUUCCUUUUCGUCAGUAUGCGGGAGGGUUUUCAGUUUGAUGGCACUUUGGAAACAAGUCUACGGGAAGCCAUCCGCGCCGGGUUGAGUGCGCGACAUGUGCCGCGCUUCAUUAUCCCUGUUUUGGAAAUACCCGUGACGGUGAAUGGCAAGAAGGUCGAGACACUGAUCAAGCAAACAAUAAGCACGGGUAAAAUUCCACAACGAAUUAGCUCGACUGUGGCGAAUCCUCGUUGCCUGGAAAGCUUCAGGCGCUACUAUGUGCUUGAGGAGGGCAGUGUCCGAGCACGCCUGUGA